AUGUCAGUGGGGGGAUCUUUUGGCCCCGACCAAGAGGCCUCACAAGACGGGACGCUGUCAGAGAUUAUGCAGAAUCCAUAUACUACAGUUGUAACUCAGGCAGCACAGGAAGAGAUCAUGCGAACCACUCUUGAGAGCCGUCGCAAAUUCUACAACAUGAGCAUAAUCGACAAGACACGCACCCAUCAGCAGCGUUGCAGCCGCAUUGGUGUUUCAGAAAUGCACAGGGAAGACCGAAGACAGCUGGCCGAGGGCCUUGCAGAUCUGAUGAAAGAAAAGCUCCCUCAGUCCAAUAACGGGUCAAGUUGCGGCGAAGGAAAGAUUACUGAUGAGCUUCUUCCUCCCUCGUUUCGCCCUAUGCGGCGUGAAGGCACUAAGUCCUUCCUCGAACGACAAAAGAUGAUAGCACGAGUCCGUGUGUCUAUCUCCAUGAAGGAGCGCAAAAUUUCGCACUUGCAGACUCAGCUUGCCCAAAGAGAAGAGAAGAUAGAAGCGGACGAACUCAGUCUUAACAGAUUAGAAAUCUCUCUUGAGACUUCUGCCAGAGCUGCAGACACUGGUGCGGUGGAAACUACCAGGCAAGCAGAACUGGCAGCCCAUAAAUUAGAGGUCUGCAAGAGGCGGCUCGAUGAGCUAGAAACAACUCUCCAGACAAUAUUCAGAGAAGUUGACAGACAAGCAGACCUUUUAGAGCUUAAUCUUACGGCACGGCAAUUUCUAGAAGAUGUCGCCGCAGGGUCGAUCCUUCGCGGUCGUGUUCAGGCAAUACAAACCGAGCGCAAUGCAGCCGAACAGCAUCUGAAUACUAGCAUUGAGCAGGCAUAUGCACAGUACACAGAUUCUAGAUCUACCAAUCUUACCAGUGCCACAGACCCUUAUGAACUAUUAAAAACGAAGGAAGUACUAAAAGCAUCGCUUGAAUUCUGCACCUUCCGGGCGUCUCUUCUCUCCGCUGCUGGUCUUGAUUGCAGUCAUGUCACGGAGCGUGGACUGGACGUGUCGCAUGCUUCCUUUCGUCGUAAACUUCCAGACGAAUCUAAGCGCUACUUUCAAGUAGACUUUGACUUUGGGGAAUUUCAAACAGCUUUGGGAGAGGGCCUACCCACUGAUUUGUUUCGCUAUACCCCUCCACUCAUAGAAGAUCUCCAACGCGAGCACCUUGAGAGCAUCCGCAGCACGCUGAAUACACGUGACACCUCUCUUAGAUCUACCCAGCGAGUCAAUUCAGCCAAACCACUCAAUGACGUCGAAGUCGAAGUCGAAACCGGAGUCGGGACUGAGGCUGAUGACACGGGAGAUAUCAAGCAAACAGAAGACGAGACCUACCUUAGAAAUGUUCAUGUGUUUGAAGCAUUACCAGUAGAGCAUGUACACGUAGAUCCUAGUGUACGGCGCGCAGUGCUUCUGCUCCGUCGUUCGUGCACAGAUGCCCGUGUUCCCUUUGACGAUGCAUCUGAGCUCAUGGGCGCCAUGAAGCGGCUCGAGGAUGCAAACCUCCUCCGUGCAGAACAGCUCCAAGAUUACUCCUCAAUUGUUGCCAAUGUCCAGGCCGAUAAUGCCAUCCAUGCUGCCGACUUCGCCUCCCAACAAGCUGCGCUUCGGGCGAACAUCUCUAGUAUGGAAGCCACUAUUGCUGAGUUGCAGCGUACCCUCGCAACAGAAAUGGCUAACUCAACAGAAGCAGAGGUAGAUCGCCUCGAAUCGGAACUAGGCUAUCUUCAUCAAGCCGUUUCACUUGCAGGCAUGCGUACUGGCGCCAUAGGCUCUGACGACGUCAAUAUGGCCUCCCACUCGAUUCUUGGGGCAAUGGAGUUGCUGCUGGAUAGGACUCUUGCUGCAUUGGCACAAAUCCCUGUUGAUAAGUUCCAGGAAAGUCGCAGAAAGUUGAACAAACUGCGGCGAGACAUCAGCAAGAAUGCUAAGCAAGCAGAACAGGACCGGCUCCAAGCAGAGCGUAAUGCUAAGGUCGCCCUUAGGAUGGAGAAGACUUCGCAGGCUCGAGCCCCGGGCCGCGCGGUCCAAUUCAGGAGCUAUGGGGGACAAGAAAAAAGAUUGACCCGUGCUCAGCGCGAAUUAGCUGCACGUCUUAGUCGCGAAGAUAAAACGACAGGGGAAAACAAAGACUUCUACUCCAGAGAUAUCUAA